UAUCGUCACGCAGCAGUUGCGACGGACAAUGUAGAAUGCUCAAAAGCCGGGCGGAACAUCCUAAAAAGGGGAGGCUCGGCUGUCGACGCUGCUAUUGCCGCCACCCUAUGUGUGGGUGUUAUUAAUUUGCACUCUACUGGAAUCGGUGGCGGAGGCUUUAUGAUGGUCUAUGACAGUUAUAAAAAGUCAGGGGAGAUGAUCGAUUUUAGAGAGACCGCCCCUGAGAAGUCUGACGAAAACUUGUUUAAAGGAAAUCCAACGAACGGUAUUAGAGGUGAGGUUGCGCCAUCCAUUUAGUUGCUGCGCCCUAAGGUGUAAACAACAACAACAAAGACUUGUUGAGCUAGUGCCACCUUUCAUAGAAGCGUCCGAAUUUAAUAAAUUUGGCGUCAAAGCAUUUCUAAUUUUUUACGUUUUCAGCUUAGAAUAAUGCCAAAGAUAUAGUCUUUAAUCAUAAAAAUCAGCAAAAAAAUGAAGCGUUUGUGAACGCAAGGCUCCAUCCAGGAUUAGCUACAACUGUAGCCAUCCAAGUUCGUGACGAGUCACGUAUUCGUCUUCAUCGUCGCCCGAAGAGCCAGAACAAAGUCUCUGUUGGAGGUUCAUCGUCACCCAUUUAGCCUUAUUUGACGCAUAACGAACCAUGAGAAAAAAAACGACCGUCCAAGAGACAACCAUUGGCUAGACCAUUUUCGCACUUUGCGCUUUGAACAGAAACUGGAAUGCGAAGGAUUCUGAUUUACAGGAUAUCCUUCCACAUGCAAAUAGUUUUUUAUUCACUGAUAUUCACUGCAUAAGCCUCAAGUAACAUGUAUGCUACGUUAUGCUAGUCCAAGAUCAGUCCUCUGGAAAAGCAAACACGAUUUACUCAUUUGCCGAGAGUAGGUUCUUCUUCUUUCCUCUUCCCAGGUGGAUUAGCGGUAGCUGUUCCUGGUGAGUUGAGAGGUUUAGAGGCUGCAUGGAAGAAAUAUGGCAAGUUACCGUGGAGGGAGCUUUUUAAGCCGGCAAUAAACAUUGCAAAGAAAGGCUUUAUCAUUCCAGAGACUGUCGAAAUAGCCAUAAACAUCUGGAAGGAUAUGCUCCUAAAGGACAAAACGUUUAGGUGAGAAGUAUGCUCGAUAAUUCAGUGAAACCUCUAUUUAGCGGACACCCUCUAUUAAGCGUACACUAAGCCGAGUCCCGAAAUAAACGAACGUCUUAUAUUUCUCUUUAUGAUGAACCCCUAUUCUGCGGACACCUGUAUUAAACGGACGCGGGCACUACAACAAAUUGUAUUUGAGUAAUUUCUAUGGUUAAAAACCUCUGUUAAGCGGGCACCGGACUGAAUUGACAAUAAUUGUAUUACCUCCUUGAAAUACGUUCUGUUGUCGAUUAAUAAAGAUAAAUUAAAAUCAAUACAUUUAGCUGUCAAUAAACUGUAGAUUAAACCGAUAUCCGGCCGUAAACGAUAAACGAUGUCCUAAAAGUCUUGCACAAAGUACAGCACAGCUUCCUUAGCUUCCUUAAAGAACAUGGACCUCUAUCACUCUAUCACAGUACAGAGUAACCGUUUUUAAAUGUUAAUCGUUAACAAACAUUGGGUAAUUUUUACAAUCCCCUAUUACGCGGACAGCCUCUAUUAAGCGGACACUUGGGAAGGCGUCCGCUUAAUUAAUAGAGGUUUCACUGUAUCUGAUUACAGUGAAGUAUCCAAUCCUGGCCAAAUUUUAAAUCCGUUUGUGCGGAAUUUGAGAAAACGUUUUAUGAUGGGAAGGUAAGAAAAUGCUUCAUUUCAGCCAUAAAAAUAAAUCUGAACAUUUAACAGUUUUCAGCUCGGGGACGUUUGGUGGUGCAGUAGUUUUAAAUUGAUAGGCAAUAUUUUUAUUGCCGCGGUAACUACAAGUCGAUAUUAAAAUUUAUCAGUUAAUUGACACAUAUAAACGCAACAUUGUCAACAAGAGAUUGCUUGCAAGCAAAAAAACUUAUACCUUUCCUUUUACAGCUUCGUAGAAAUCGCUUUAAAACUAAGCCAACUUUCUCUAAGGACGGACACCUUUAGAACUGGCACUAUAUUCUUUCCUCUUGAGAGAUGUCCGUCUUAUAAAGAGUCAACUAAAAGGGGUAAAGAAAGGCAGGCACCAACUCCAGGUGUCCGUUUUGGCGGGGUGUUCGUCUUGUGGAGAUUCAACUAAAAGCAGGAGCCCAAGAAAUAAAAAAACGGCAGGGACCAACUCUGGAUGUCCAUUUUAGGAAGCUGCUCGAUCAUUUGCAAUGUUGUCCGUUGAGAGAGCAUAGUUUGUAAAGUCAUAACACCAGCGGCUUAUCUACAACAGAAAGAAAGAACCGUGUUGAUCCCGAAACGGUUCUCACGUGAUUAACCGUCAGAGCUGGAGAAGGGAACUGGGUCCCAAAAUCGUUUUCCCCAAAACAAGUGAGAAUGACAAAAUAACUUAAUCAUGAGACUUGCGAUUGUACGGGAAAAGGAGAUAUUUGCAAGGAAUGGGCAACGCAAAAGAAACUGACAACAGUCAACAACGACAUGAAACUAUGGCUCACCUUGGCUGUCUGAUUUAUCCAUGUGCAUACACUGUAGAUGGGAACCUAUAACAUACUGUAGGAAAUAACCCUUUAAUCCACUAGCAUACCCUCCAAAGGGAAUAAUAUUCGUUCUGUAAGAUCUUUUGUCACUUGUACUGUUGAUUGUCAUACUUGAAUUUCAUGACUAGAAAUAAGUGAAUCGCAGAACCUGCUCAGCAGAGGCUACAUUAAUUGACAUACUUGAAUUUCAUUCUGAGUGAUCAACUUUAAUACGGAACGCCUAUCGAUUAGGGUUCGGUGUACGUCAAGCAGGGACCAGGGAAAGGAAGGCCUGGGGGCGCUAGGAGGCUGGAGGGCCGGGUUGGCUGGGGGGCUGGGGGCCCCAAAUUAUUUAAAUGGUCAAAAAAAAAAUUUUUUACCUGGAUUAUUUUAGAUAAAAUCAAAUUCAUAACUUACUAGUCAGUGAGUCUUGACAGCUGUUUUUAAUGUCUUUCCCUGCAAAACGCAGUCCGACCAAGGUCAAACUUCCAAGUAAACAGUACGGAUAUCGUCAUGCAGCAGUUGCGACGGAUAAUGUAGAAUGCUCAAAAGCCGGGAGGAACAUCCUAAAAAGGGGAGGCUCGGCUGUCGACGCUGCUAUAGCCGCCACCCUAUGUGUGGGUGUUAUUAAUAUGCACUCUACUGGAAUCGGUGGCGGAGGCUUUAUGAUGGUCUAUGACAGCUAUAAAAAGUCAGGGGAGAUGAUCGAUUUUAGAGAGACCGCCCCUGAGAAGUCUGACGAAAACUUGUUUAAAGGAAAUCCAACGAACGGUAUUAAAGGUAAGGUUGCGCAUUCCAUUUUAGUUGCUGUGCCCCAAGGAGUAAACAAAAACAACAAAGACUUGUGGAGUUAAUGCCACCUUUCAUAGAAGCAUCCAAAUUUGGCGUCAAAGUAUUUCUAAUUUUUUACGCUUUUGGCUCAGAAUAAUGCCAAGGAUAUAGUGUUAAUCAUAAAAAUCAGCAGAAAAAUGAAGCGUUUGUGAACGCAAGGCUCCAUCCAGGAUUAGCUACAACUGUAGCCAUUCAAGUUCGUGACGAGUCACGCAUUCGUCUUCAUCGUUGCCCGAAGAGCCAGAACAAGGUCUCUGUAGGAGGCUCAUCGUCACCCAUUUAUCCUUAUUAAACAAUGGACACAUAACGAGCCAUGAGAAAAAAAACGACCGUUCAAGAGACAACCAUUGGCUAGACCAUUUUCACACUUGAACAGAAACUGGAAUGCGAAGAAUUCUGAUUCACAGGGUAUCCUUCCACACGCAAAUAGUUUUUUAAAAUGAUAUUCACUGCAUAAGCCUCAAGUAACAUGUAUGCUAGUCCAAGAUCAGCCCUCUAGAAAAGCAAAUACGAUUUACUCAUUUGCCGAGAGUAGGUUCUUCUUCUUUCCUCUUCCCAGGUGGAUUAGCGGUAGCGGUUCCUGGUGAGUUGAGAGGUUUAGAGGCUGCAUGGAAGAAAUAUGGCAAGUUACCGUGGAAGGAGCUUUUUAAGCCGGCAAUAAACAUUGCAAAGAAAGGCUUUAUCAUUCCAGAGACUGUCGGAAUAGCCAUAAACAUCUGGAAGGAUAUGCUCCUAAAGGAUAAAACGUUUAGGUGAGAAGUAUGCUCGAUAAUUCAGUGAAACCUCUAUUUAGCGGACACCCUCUAUUAAGCGUACACUAAGCCGAGUCCCGAAAUAAACUAACGUCUUAUAUUUCUCUUUAUGAUGAAACCCUCUUUUGCCGACACCUCUAUUAAACGGACGCGGGCACUACAAUAAAUUGUAUUUGGGUAAUUUCUAUGGUUAAAAACCUCUGUUAAGCAGGCACCGGACUGAAUUGACAAUAGUUCUAUUACCUCCUUGAAAUACGUACUGUUGUCGAUUAAUAAAGAUAAAUUAAAAUCAAUACAUUUAGCUGUCAUUAAACUGUAGAUUAGACCGAUAUCCGGCCGUAAACGAUAAACGAUGUCCUAAAAGUCUUGCACAAAGUACAGCACAGCUUCCUUAGCUUCCUUAAAGAACAUGGACCUCUAUCACUCUAUCACAGUACAGAGUAACCGUUUUAAAAUGUUAAUUAAUCGUUAACAAACAUUGCGUAAUUUUUACAAUCCCCUAUUACGCGGACAGCCUCUAUUAAGCGGACACUUGGGAAGGCGUCCGCUUAAUUAAUAGAGGUUUCACUGUAUCUGAUUACAGUGAAGUAUCCAAUCCUGGCCAAAUUUUAAAUGUUAGAUUCUUCAUUCAAAAUAUUUCGCUGUUUUUGAUUGGCUCCAAUUCUAAGGCUAACUUUUCAUACCAAGUGACGCUUACUAUUCUUGGAAGCUUUGCCAUCGCGAUGUUCAGCUCUUAGACAAAGAAUUUAGAGGGUUUGAAGCGAUUAGAUGUUUUUUUAAUAUAGCUUCCCAGACGGAAUUUUAACUGAUGUCCUCUGCAAGAAAGUANUAAACUGUAGAUUAGACCGAUAUCCGGCCGUAAACGAUAAACGAUGUCCUAAAAGUCUUGCACAAAGUACAGCACAGCUUCCUUAGCUUCCUUAAAGAACAUGGACCUCUAUCACUCUAUCACAGUACAGAGUAACCGUUUUAAAAUGUUAAUUAAUCGUUAACAAACAUUGCGUAAUUUUUACAAUCCCCUAUUACGCGGACAGCCUCUAUUAAGCGGACACUUGGGAAGGCGUCCGCUUAAUUAAUAGAGGUUUCACUGUAUCUGAUUACAGUGAAGUAUCCAAUCCUGGCCAAAUUUUAAAUGUUAGAUUCUUCAUUCAAAAUAUUUCGCUGUUUUUGAUUGGCUCCAAUUCUAAGGCUAACUUUUCAUACCAAGUGACGCUUACUAUUCUUGGAAGCUUUGCCAUCGCGAUGUUCAGCUCUUAGACAAAGAAUUUAGAGGGUUUGAAGCGAUUAGAUGUUUUUUUAAUAUAGCUUCCCAGACGGAAUUUUAACUGAUGUCCUCUGCAAGAAAGUAACGCUUUGUUUUGUUAACAUUUUCUUCUCAAAGGCGAGUAUUCACCCGAAAUGGGAAACUUUUAAAGAAAGGCGACCUGCUAAGGAGACCUCAGCUGGCUAAGACACUACAAUUUAUUGCCCGAGCGGGCAGUGCAGAGCCAUUUUACAAUGGUAAAAUGAGCAAAACUCUUGUAAAAGAGGUUCAGGAAGCCGGAGGAGUUAUGAACUUGAACGACCUAAAGAACUACAGAGUCAAGUUCCGUCCGGUGUUAAAAAGCAAGCUGGAUGACAUGACAUUAUUAAGCUGCCCGCCGCCAACCGCUGGACCAGUGCUGGCACUCACUUUGAACAUUUUGGACGGUAGGAACAAUCUUAUUUGUUAACCACUUACCAAUAAAGCAAACACUUCUUGUGCCUUGUUACCACUUUUUUCCCGCUUUUUGGGCCGGUUACGAAGAUUUUCUGCGGGUUCUGAGUGGCUCUCCGCCCACGGGGCUCGCUGAUUGGCUCUUUCAAGUGUCUGCAUCUCUUUUGAUUGGCUUAAGGAACACUGACUUGUCUUCUGAUUUUGGUUCAACGUACUCGACUGAAAAUUGUUUUGAAUGAAUUCCAUAAUAAGCUUUUUCUGCAGCAAAGUGUUAAAAGAAGUAAAAAAGGUGACAAAAUUUGGUCAACUAUAUUAUUGUGACGUCGUCUUAUGUACAAUGGUGUAAUGGUAAUGUUUUAAUUUCUCGCCACAGGAUAUAAGAUGGGACCGAAAGAUCUUGAGUCUGACCCCGUCCGCACAUAUCACCGUAUCAUUGAAGCAUUCAAAUUUGCGUACAAGUAUCGUUCAAUGUUAGCUGAUCCAGACUACGAAAGGGGUGUCAACAAGGUUCGUUAUAAUGUCUAA